GCCAUCGCGGCGUAGCCAUCGCCGUCGCGACGGCGAUUAAUGAUUUUAAUUCAUUUAUCUUAAGUUUAUGCCUUUAAUUUUACAUUAGCUUUUAUUUUUAACCGCCUACGUAAUAAGUUAGAGCCGUUACCGUAUUAUGUCUAGAAUUAGGGGAAUCGAAGCCAAAGUGAAAAAAGAAAUUUUGCAUUCAGCCAAAAAUAAAAAUGGACCAAACACAGCCUGCGAAAAGGAUGACGUGGAGAAAGACCAGGUGAAGGAGCUGCUGGCGAAGAUCCCCGUGCUGGCAAAGACCUUCGAUAUCCACCGGAAGAUCGGCGAGGGCACGUUCAGCUCCGUCUACCUUGGCUCCAUGAGGCAGGACGCGGGCGUGCCCGAAGGAGACAAGAGAUGGUUCGCCCUUAAACAUUUAGUGCCGACCACGCACCCCACAAGAGUGGCGCACGAACUGCGCUGUCUCCGGGACAUCGGCGGCAAGAGCCACGUGAUCGGGGUGGAGCUGUGCCUUCGCAACCUGGACCACGUCGUCUUCAUCAUGCCCUACAUACCGCACCAGAAGUUCUCCGAAUACGUCGGCGAUAUGGACGCGAACGAGCUGCGGCAAUACAUGCGCGCACUCUUAACCGCACUACGCCACGUGCACACGUUUGGCGUCAUACACCGAGAUGUGAAGCCGAGCAACUUCCUAUACGACCGCGAGCGGCGACGCUACGCGCUGGUGGACUUCGGGCUCGCGCAGCACACGGCGGCGCCCGCGCAGCCUCCGCCCGCGCACCAGGCGCUCAAACGGACACGGGAUGACGACUCUCUCUUCCCGGGCGCCAAGCGCAUGGCGCUGGACCUGUGCGUGCGGCGCGCGGCCCGCUCGCCCGCGCCCGCGCCCGCCCCGCGCGGCUGCGCGUGCGCCGGCGCGGGCGGCGUGUGCGGCGAGUGCGCCGUGUGGGCGCCGCCGCGCGCCAACCGCGCCGGCACGCAGGGCUUCCGCCCGCCCGAGGUGUUCUUCAAGUACCCGCAGCAGAGCACGGCGGUGGACAUGUGGGCGGCGGGCGUGGUGCUGGCCAGCGUGCUGUCGGGCCGGUACCCGUUCUUCCGCGCCACCGACGACCUCGCCGCGCUGGCCGAGAUCACCGAGCUGCUCGGCACAGAGGCGCUGCAGCGGACCGCACAAGCGCUAGGUAACUAUACACCACAGCAUAUAACUCAUAGUGUUAGCUGUCGUCUGUUGACGUCGACGUGCCGCCGCGGGCUGUGCCUGCGCAAGCUGUCCGCGCAACUGCGCGGCGCGGCGCCCGCGCACGACGCGCGCGCCUGCGCCAAGUGCAGCCGCCGCCACGCGCGCUGCCUCUGCCGAGACGACACGCCGGCGCACGCGCACGACCCCCUGCGCUCCGUGUGCGGGUUCCCCGACGCGGCGUUCGCGCUGGCGGCGCGCCUGCUGGAGCCCGACCCGCGCGCGCGCAUCACCGCCGCCGACGCGCUGCGGCACCCCUUCCUGGCGCAGCCCCUAUAG